AUGGUGGGUUAUGCAACUGGAAAUACAGAUCAUGUAGAUAUGAGUGAAGAUUAUGGAGCUAAUGGAAAUCUAGAUGGUCAUGGGAAUUAUGAAAAUGAAGGAAAUGUAAAUGUUGAUAGUGGGUUAAAUAAUAAUUUGUUGAAUAAUGAUGGUAAAAAUAGUAAGAAAAAAAAUAAAUAUAUUAGUGGUAUGUUUAAAAAUAAAAAUGAUAAAAAUCAAAAUAAAGAUGAAGGUGCACCUUAUCGUUCAUUGAAUGAAGAUGGAAAUGAAGGAGAAAAUAAUAACAACAAAUCAGAUAAUCAAAAAUUUAGUGAAGUAUAUAAUUCAAUUUAUGAAGAUUUGAAAAAAAAAAAAAGUGGCAUAAAACAAAAACAUGGAAAUAAUAAUUCUUAUGAAAUUAAUUAUUCAUCUGAUCAUCUAAAUUCAAUAGGUAGUAGUGUUGAUGGAGAUUCAAUUUUUAAUGAUGAUAUUUUAAAAGGAUAUGUAGUUGGUCAAAUAUUUAAUACUAUUAGAACAUCCUUUCAUUGGGCUAUAACACCACUUCUGUUAUUAUUUUUAUUUGAACAAUAUUGCAUGUUUUUUGUAUAUAGACUUAUUUCAUUUUUAAUUUUAUUAUUAUUUACCCCAGUAUCAUUAUAUUUAAUUAAAAAACAAAAUAUCAGAUUCUUUUUGUUGGCAACUAAUACUACAAGAGCAAUACUAUGGGGAGUAUGUAUUCCCUUAUUAUAUUAUACCUAUCAAGAUUAUAUUAAAAAAUUUUAUUUAGAUUUAGUUUAUGAAUUUUUCUUUUGCUUAUUAAUUAUACUUGAUAGUAUGUGUAUUAAUUUAUCUAGUAUAUUAGAUAUAGAUAAUAAUGGGCUUGAGUAUAUUUCAAAAAAAUUUGAUAUAAAAGUUACUGAAAGAGCUCAUAAAAAGUAUAUAGCUCUUCAUCAAUUUUUUUCAGAUGUAUCAAUUGCAUUAUUCAAUCCACUAAUUGCAUUUGUUAUGUAUUUAUUUUCUAGAUAUUUCUUUCCAGAAUCCCAUAGAGAUUUAUUUGUAUAUUUAACUUCUUUAUUUUUUGCUGCUACAUCUAUUGUAAGUUUAGUAGUAUACACUAUUAGAAUUGAAGAAGGUGAUGCAUCACGCAAAAAAGGACAAUCUAAUGAUAAUAAUUCUGAGUUAGAAACGAAUGUAGAUAAUCUUGAAGGAGGAAAUGCUAAACAUGAAGCAAAUGAAAAUGAUUUUGAUCAAUAUUAUGAAGAGAAUAUUAGUAAUCAACCAAAUCAAUAUGUUAAAAGUUUUACUAAUGUAUAUCCUAGCAUUUCUGUAAUGCAAAACCAGAUUUAUAAUAUUAAUGAUAAUUAUGAUGCAUAUUCUAACAAAGAAAUACUCUUAUUAAAAGAUCAAUACAAAAAUCAUUUUUGUACCCUUGGAACUAGUUUAAAAACUGUUUGUGGUGAUUAUAAAUUAUUAUAUUACUUAACAACAUUAUCAUUUUUAAAUAGUGCUGAAGAUAUAAUGACAUAUUUUGUCAUUCCAUUGACGUCAGUAUUUGUUUGUGAAUAUCAAUAUAUUGAAAAAUUAUUUGUAAAAGUUUUAAUUUCUAUCAUUUUAAUAUCCUUGGCUAAAUGUUUUGAAAACACUUCCUAUUAUUGCAACAAAAAAAACAUUGUUACUAUAAAGGAUCAUUCAUUUAAAUUUGAAAGCAAAAUUUUCACUACAUUUUCAAAAACGCGCAGAACAAAAAUCAUCUGA